CUGCAAAACCGGGAAUAUUCUAAAAUCUAAAAAAUAUGCUAGCAUUAACAAUUGUUUCGUAAUCUGAAUCGUAGGCACGCCCGAGAUCAAAGCCCUCGCAGAGGGGCUGGCCUGGACGGGAGGGUGGGUAAAACUUAGAAGUCAGCUGUGGGCUGUGGCCUGUUUGACUGUUGACGGCUCUCACUUCAGUAUCCGGACUUUUUUUGCGUAACUUAAUUGCAAGCCUUAUUUAAGUAAUACUAUGUAAAACAAUUGGUAGAUGCAGAAAAGCUAAUUCAUAUCAUAUUGCUUAUCGAAACCAGAUUGCUCAAUUGUCCUUAAACAUGACGACGAUCGUAAGUGAGCUUAGUAUGCACGAUCUAAAUAACAAGUUCUUCGAGAUCAUGCAAAAUGAAAGCAACGCAGAAGAUGCGGCAAAUUUUAUUUACGAUAGUGUUUAUGAAGAUGUCGCAUUAGGGUUCCUUUUCGAGUUCCAUCAUGGUUUAAAGACUGGACUGACGGAUUUGGUAGAAGGGGAAAAGGAAGAAGAUGAAAGCUGUAAAAUUGUUGUCUCACCCGAAUGUGAUGUUUUCGGUUUUUCUGUGUUAAAGAAAACUCCAGAUUCUAACUGUUCUUGUCCAAAUUGCGAGCGGCCAGUAUCUGCUACUCGUUUUGCACCGCAUCUAGAGAAAUGCAUGGGAAUGGGAAGGAACAGUUCUCGAAUAGCGUCGAGACGCAUUGCAUCAAAUAGUCGUGAACCAACAUCAUAUGCUGGACUCUUAAGUGAUGAUGAGGAUGAUGCUGAUUGGUCAGGAAGUUCCAUGCAAAGUGAACGCCGAAAACGCAGAAUCAGAAAUAACAACAACCGGAAGUCUAAUAAAAUGCAUAAUGGUAACAGGAAUAAUAAUGGAAAUCACAACUCGGAUUCAAAUGAUGGUGCCACCUAUGAGACAAUGAGUGCAAAUGAAAAGAAAAAUUUGCUGCAACAGAUCUGUGGUGUUGUUUCUGAACACACUAAGAAACUCUGUAUUAGAUCAACUCGCUGCCCACAACACACUGAAGAACAGAGGAGAGCCCUUAGGAAUAGUGUUUUGGAACCAUCCACUCCGGAAUCUCAACCAUUACUGACAGCUGAUGAUGCAGGAUCACCUCCAGAUUCCAGUCCGUCAUCUUCCUGCUCCUCUUCCAGCAGGAAACGAGAUAGGCAUCGCGCCUUGAAGAAUAAGAGUAAGAGAAAGAGAAAUUUAUCACCUAGUGGCAGGGAUUAAGUUUAUUGUAUAAAAAUGUAUUGAUUGACUGUCGACAUGCUUUAGAUUAUGCAAUACUGAUAUACAUGCAAUUUGAAUCAUCAUCAUCAUUAAAUAUUGUUUUUCUUAAUUUUGCAAUAAGUUCUGAGCUAAUUAUAAGACUUGACGAUUGAAACAGAUUGAUAUUUAACUAAAUUAUCAAUUUUAGUAUUUCGUUUAGACAUACUAUAGAAUCAUUGCUACAGUUUGUUUGUAUUCCUUAAAGCCACAUUUUUCAGAAAAUUUAAUAAUUACUAUAGAUAAGUGUGUUACAAAUCAAUAAUGUGUCAUUAAUAAUUUGUAUGUGUAUAUUUCUUGUUUCUGACUCUCAUGGUUGUCUUGUUUGACUAUGGGACAUUGGUGGAAUUCUUUUGCUUCGCUUUCAUUCCUGAGCCCAUCGAGCUAUUUCAUGGAAGAUUUUAGUGAUGGACACACAGGAGCCAAUUUAACACAUGUUUCACGACUCUGAUUUAUACCAAGUUGCUUUGUAACUGACAAAUGAAUUUUGACAGUGCUCUAAACAGAAACAUAACAAAAUAUUGAGAAGGUAAAUACUAACAAAUAAAAUUAUUAUUUAAAAAGGAAACUUAUUUAUAUAUCUGAUAAAAUUACUUCGGUGAUAAUAUUGUGUCUAUUCCUUUGCUGUAAGAUUUAAAUCCUAUAUUAUUUGACUGAUUAUUUAGAUUAGAGAUUAUUUUUAUUCUUAUAGGUUAGAUAUGUGUCUAUAAAAAUGUAUCUUAUAAUUAUAAGAAAAAUUACGUAACUAUUACAAAGAGAUAGUCCCGUCUUUUUAGAAGAGAAAAAUUAUUAAUUGAUACACCCUGUAUUUAUUAGAGCUACAUUGCGUUGAUAUAGAAUGUGACAUCCACAAUCGGACCGAUUUAUUUUUGUUUGUUAGCCUUUUUUUAAAACCUGCCCAGUAAUAUAGUUUUAUAUUAAAUAAUUAACAUCCUUUUGGAGCCCUAUCCACUGUAUAUAAAAAAUCUAAUCUAUUCUUUGCAUUAUAUGGCGUAGAUAGUUUCAAAUAUGAUAUAUUAGUAUACUCUAGUAUAAAACUAACUAGGUUACAAUUGUAUUCAUACAUUUUAGCGGCACUAUCGAUAUAGAUGGACGUGACUAUUUUGGAAUAAAUGUUUAUGUAUUUAUUAUUAUAUCUCGUUACGAGAAACAUAGAAUUUUCACUAAGAAAUGCUAGGAGUGCUACCUAUAGUAUAUUUGUGUAUAAUGCGUGAUGUAUGACAAAAUUAUGUAUUCCAGGAACGUCUUCUACUGGAGUUUCUGGCAUAUUUAAUUCUGCCCUACAAAUAACAAUACUAUAGAAUCUAAAGUUGGCACCAACGUUUUAAAUUGUAUUGGCUUUAUAACAAUAGAUAUAUAGAAAUGUAAUAGCUAUAAGCGCUAAGUAUGUUUUUCGUUAGUAAAAAUUGUAUUGCAUUUUAAUUACGGGUUACUUCGCGCAGUCUCGACUUUUAAUCUUAAAUGUAGUGGCGUUUAAUUAACAUUGAAGAAGCUAGUCAUAAGGCUUAUAGAACGUGGACUAAAGAUUGUGUUUGGUUACCAUGGUUACCGCAUUACCUGAAAACAAGCUAAUGUCCGCGUUUAUCAGAGCAAUAAUGUCAUGACAAUCAAUUAUGUUUGAAUGGCAUUUUUUAAUACCGUCUGAUUUCUGACCCUUUGGAGAUUGUACGAUUCAAAUCAAACAAGAAAUUUCUUCUAUUGUAAUGUUAUUCGUAGAUUUUGUGUAUAUAAUGUAAUCUGCUCAAAGUAUAUUUGUGCAUCUCCUGUGUAAUUAAAGGUGA